CUAUUUUAAACACACCGUGCCUUUUAGUAAAAUCUUAUUGAUGUUACAGUAAGAAUUGAGACAUUUUAGGUUUCUGGAAGAUGAAUACAGAACUUGAAUGAAUGCAUAAUUCAUUGUGGGAAAUUCAGUGAAAACCUCUGAGUUCUUUCUUUCUUUUUUGUUUGUUUGACUGAUUUUUGCAUGGAAGAUAGGGUCUUAAUAUGUAAUUCUGGCUGUACUGGACCUAAUUGCAUAGACUAGGCUGGCAUUCAACUCAAAGGCAGAUAUACCUGCCUCUGCCUUCUGAGUGCUGGGGUUAAAGGCAUGAGCCAAUACACUCAGUUUGUCCAUCUUAUUUUCUUUUUUCACAGAUAGUAAUUGUUCAUGAAAUUUCUCUGUACUGUUGAUCUUUUUACUUGUCUUUCUAUAUUUGUUAUUAGGCAUUUCUCUUUCAAGGUAAUAUUCUUUUCAAAGGGUACAGAGAUGACAGAGGUGAACUUCCUGUUCAGUUUUCUUUUAAAGUGACUUGGUGAUUACAUUAUAAUGUCUAUGUCAUGAAGUAAGAUGGAGAGCACCAGAAUUAUUUGACUAUAUUGUCAAAGAAGUAUACAUUUACACUGUUAUCAUUAUCAUGCUUUCUCUUGUACACAUAUAUGGAAUAUUUUAGAAUGCAGUGACCUAUGAUGAUGUGCAUGUUGACUUCAGUUGGGAAGAGUGGACAUUGCUGGAUCCUUCCCAGAAGAAUCUCUAUAAAGAUAUGAUGCUGGAGACUUACAAAAACCUCACUACUAUAGGACAUAUUUGGGAAGAUCAUAAUAUUGAAAAACAUUGUCAAAGUUCUAGAAGACAUGAAAGGCAUGAAAGAAGCCAAACUGGAGGGAAACCUUCUGUAUAUUCUCAAUAUGAUAAAGCUUUUGCAUAUGACAGUCAUCUUCACAGUCACCAACAAACACAUACUGGACAGAAACCUUAUGAAUGUAAUCAGUGUGGUAAAGCCUUUGCUCAUCACAGUAUUCUUCAAAGGCAUAAAAGAACACAUACUGGAGAGAAACCCUAU